UAUACUACAACCUCUCAUAAUAAGCUUGUUCUUAAUUUCUCUUGAUCUUAUAAGUCAUUUCUGAUUCUUUGAUCAUGGCCAUUGAUUCGGUGACUUCUUCUCCCUUGGGCCCACCGGCGUGUGAGAAGGACGCCAAGGCGCUUCAGUUCAUAGAGGAGAUGACCCGGAACACCGAUGCGGUUCAGGAGCGAGUUCUGGGCGAGAUACUGAGUCGAAACUCGGAGACUGAGUACCUCCAGCGGUUCGGACUCGAAGGCGCCACCGACAGCGACUCGUUCAAGUCGAAGGUUCCGGUCGUGACGUACGAGGAUCUCCUGCCGGAGAUCCAGCGCAUCGCCAAUGGCGACCGCUCUAAGAUCUUGUGCUCCCAACCCAUCUCUGAGUUUCUCACCAGUUCUGGGACUUCUGCUGGAGAGAGGAAACUGAUGCCGACAAUUCAUGAGGAGUUAGACCGUCGAACGCUUUUGUACAGCCUUCUCAUGCCUGUUAUGAACCUCUAUGUGCCAGGGUUAGACAAAGGAAAGGGUCUCUACUUCCUGUUUGUGAAGGCUGAAUCAAAGACACCAGGAGGUCUAUUGGCCCGUCCGGUGUUGACGAGCUACUACAAGAGUGAGCACUUCAAGAAGAGGCCGUACGACCCUUACAACGUCUACACAAGCCCAGACGAGGCCAUUCUCUCCUCCGACUCCUUCCAGAGCAUGUACACCCAAAUGCUCUGCGGCCUCAUCAUGCGCCACGAGGUCCUCCGCGUCGGCGCAAUCUUCGCCUCCGGCCUCCUCCGCGCCAUCCGCUUUCUCCAGCUCAACUGGCGCCUCCUCGCCGACGACAUCGCCACCGGAACCCUAAACCCUAGGAUCACCGACCCCUCUAUCAAGCAAUGCAUGGCGGGGAUUCUCAAACCCGACCCCGCCCUCGCCGCCUUCAUGACCGCCGAGUGCGCAGGUGAGAACUGGGAGGGGAUAAUAACAAGAAUUUGGCCUAACACCAAGUAUCUCGAAGUGAUUGUCACCGGUGCAAUGGCUCAGUAUAUUCCCACGUUGGAUUACUACAGUAAUGGCCUUCCUAAGGCUUGCACUAUGUACGCUUCUUCCGAGUGUUAUUUCGGACUUAACUUGAAACCAAUGUGUGAUCCUUCGGAAGUUUCCUACACCAUUAUGCCGAACAUGGCCUUCUUUGAGUUCAUGCCACAUGACGACCAUUCAUCUCCUCCUCUGAGCCGCGACAACCCGCCGAGUCUCGUCGAUAUGGCCGACGUCGAGGUCGGAAAGGAAUACGAGCUCGUCAUCACCACCUACGCGGGGCUCUGCCGCUACCGGGUCGGCGACAUCCUCCAAGUCACCGGAUUCCACAACUCCGCGCCUCAAUUCCGCUUUGUCCGGAGGAAGAACGUCCUUCUCAGCAUCGAUUCGGACAAGACCGAUGAAGCCGAACUCCAAACGGCAAUCCAAAACGCGUCGGUUCUUCUCAAGGAGUUCAACACUAGUGUCGUUGAGUACACCAGCUUCGCCGACACCAAAACCAUCCCGGGACACUACGUGAUCUACUGGGAACUCCUCGCGAAGGACUCGGCGAACUCGCCGAGUCACGAGGUGCUGAACCAGUGCUGCUUAGCCAUGGAGGAGUCCUUAAACUCGGUGUACCGACAGGGCCGAGUAGCCGACAACUCGAUCGGAGCGCUCGAGAUAAAGGUUGUGAAAAGCGGUACGUUUGAGGAGCUCAUGGACUACGCCAUCUCCAGAGGCGCGUCGAUUAACCAGUACAAGGUUCCGAGGUGCGUGAACUACACUCCCAUCGUCGAGCUUCUCGAUUCUCGGGCAGUCUCGGUGCACUUUAGCCCUGCUCUCCCGCAAUGGACGCCGGAACGACGUCGUUAAAGAUGAAGAUGAUGAUGAUGACGUGCAUGCAACAUCAAUAAGAAGCAAAAAAAGGAAAAAAACAAAAAAACAAAAAAAGAUGAUUAAUAUAUAUAUAUAUAUAAAUUCUAGUCUAGCUUUUAAAAGUGUCUUUAUUUUACUUUGGAGGGUUUCUUUUUUGAAAAUUUGAAGCGUCUCUGUGUCCGUGUAAUAAUUUCAAGUAAUAUCCGCUGUGGAGCAUAUGAUAAUGUAAUUGUCACUAGUAUCUUGUAGUUUAUGUGUCUUGUGUUUGUGUGUUGUGUCGAUGGAAUCGUCGUCUUUUGCCCUUUCAGCUUUUCUAAAAAGUUGAGGAAAAGAGGUUCCAAAAAGUGAUAUAUAUAUAUAUAUAUAGCCAUCAACUACUGUUUGAUUCGGGAUCUGGAUCGGGUCUUUAUAUAUAUUUUAAGUGGCAAAACUUGUAAAUUCUAUGAUGCUUUCCAAGAGUGUAAUAAUAUUGUUUGUUUAAAGAUAUA